AUGGUUCUCGGGCUCAGAUCGAAACACAGAAAAGACGCGUCUUUUAGAGUUAGUUACACUGUUCAUGUUAACGAAAUUAGUCCGUGGCCUCCAUCGGAGUAUCUAAGAUCCGUUCGAUCCAUUUUGCUACAAUGGGAAAAUGGGAAUCAAAAUUCCGGAACCUUCCUUGCAACCGCUCGAGAUUCAAAACUCGUAUUCAAUGAAACUUUCAAACUUCCUUUAGUCCUUCAUCGAGACAAACGGGCUAACGACAGGUUUCAGAAGAAUUACCUAGAGUUUAGCCUGUUUAUGCCGUACAAGAACAAGGCUAAAGGGCAUUCAUUAGGGACAGCCGUUGUGAAUUUUGCCGAUUAUGGAUUAAUUGAGCACUUAAUCAGCAUUAAUGCUGCAGUGAACAUGAAGAAGGGUGGAUCAGUUCAGCCGGUUUUGUCGAUUAGUUUGGAGCCGGUCGAGAAAGAAAAGAACAGCUCGAGUUCAUCUCCGAAUCUUGGAUUGUCGAAGGAGCCUUCUUUGGAUGGCUCGGAAAUUGCUUCUUUUACGGAUGAUGAUGAUGAUGAUGAUGAUUCUUCACAAUCUUCGAGGACUGUGGGGUCAUCAGCUUUCGAGGUUGCAACUUCUUCGCUGUUACAAAAUGAGAAGAAUGUGUAUGGAGACUCCAAAUUCGAGCCAGAACCGAACACGAACGUACAAACUCCGUUUAAUGGUGUACCACCCUUCGAUGCUGAGGAUUACCGAGUAAAAGACAAUGUUUCUUUCUUGAAGCAUUCGUUCGAGCGGAGCAUGACUUCUUCUGCCAAGAAAAACUCGAGCACCCCUUUCAUUAGAUCAUACCCCUCAUCCAUAAUCCCUCGAGAUAUAAACGGGAAGCCAGAUGCUUUUGUGGCAAAUUUAUUGCACGAAAAUGUUCAUGAUAUACUGAUUGAAAACGACCAACAGUCUGCGAAAGGAAAGUCCAUUGAAGAAUUUCAACCUGAAGUUAUAUUAGCUGACAGUGAUGGAAAAGACGUUGAUAACGCUCGAGAAACCGAGUCGCCUCUAGAAAAAAGUGAAUUUUCUGAUGGCAAAGAUGAAUAUAAAAUGAGAAUUAUGAUGCUCGAGGAGGAACUUAGGGAAACUGCAGCAAUUGAGAUUGGAUUAUAUUCUGUAGUCGCUGAGCAUGCAAGUUCGGUGAAUAAGGUCCACGUUCCGGCUCGAAGGCUUUCCAGAUUUUACUCUAAAGCUUGCAAAACUGAGAUUAAGGCCAGACGGCAGAGUGCUGCUCGAGCUACAAUUUCGGGGUUAAUUUUGGUUGCUAAAGCAUGUGGGAAUGAUGUUGCAAGGUUGACCUUCUGGCUAUCAAAUUCUAUCAUGUUAAGGGCUAUCGUUAGUGAGGUUACUGCAGAAUAUCAAAAUUCUGACAUUGACUUGGAUGACGUGUCUGCCUUUAUAACCGCACUUGCAAAUAUAGAAUCUUGGCUCUUUUCUCGAAUUGUCGAGUCCGUUUGGUGGCAGACUUUCACGCCACAUAUGCACCCGGCAGCUGCAAAAAUUAGAGAUGUAGACUCAAUUUCAUCUACAAAGAAAAUGUGUGGGAGAAGGAACAGUUUGGGUAGCCAUAAUGAUCAGGGGAAUUUUUCAACAGAGUUAUGGAAAAAAGCUUUCAAAGAUGCAUGUGAAAGGCUUUGCCCCAUUCGAGCAGCAGGUCACGAGUGUGGCUGCUUGUCCGUGCUUGUUAGGCUGGUAAUGGAGCAGUUAGUUGACAGGCUGGACACAGCUAUGUUCAAUGCGAUUCUGCGUGAAUCUGCUGAAGAUAUGCCGACCGAUCCUCUUUCUGAUCCCAUUACCGAAGCUAAAGUCCUUCCGAUCCCGCCUGGCAAAUCAAGCUUUGGUGCCGGUGUGGAACUGAAAAAUUCCAUUGGGAACUGGUCCAGAUGGCUUAGUGACCUGUUUGGCCUAGAAGAGGACACAACCGGGAAUAACGAUAUUGUCUCGAAUGGAAAGAAAUCGAAACCUUCCAAGGCCUUCCGUUUGCUGCAUGCAUUGAGUGAUCUCAUGAUGCUUCCAUUCAAGAUGCUUGCGGAUAAUUCCACCCGAAGAGAAGUUUGCCCGAUCCUAGGUCCAACAAUAAUCCGAAGGGUUCUGAACAAUCACGUUCCAGACGAGUUCUGUCCAGAUACUGUCCCACAAGACAUCAUCGAUGCCCUUAAUUCGGAGGAGGUUUUAGAUGAAGAAAAUUCGGGAGAUUUAGUCGCGAGCUUUCCUUACUCGGCAAGUCCCUCGACAUAUUUACCUCCUUCUGCAGCUUUACUAACAUGUGUAGGGGAAGUUGGGAGCCAAGUGCUAUCGAGCAGCAGAUUAUCAUCGAUCAAAAAAUCAUACACGAGUGAUGAUGAGCUGGAUGAGCUCGACUCUCCUUACACCUCCAUUAUUCCGGACAGCUUAAGGACUUCUGAUUUGACUAAACUCGGUUUGUUACCAGAAGAAAAUGGUGACAGUAGAAACAUUGUACGGUAUCAAUUGCUCAAGGGGAUUUGGAAAGACGAUGAGUAGCUAGCCGCUUCUAUACGUAUCGAUGUGCGUAUUAUGUACAGUCGAGACUGUUUAUUUCCUUUUGUAUCGAUGUGCGUAUUAUGUACAGUCGAGACUGUUUAUUUCCUUUUGUAAUAACUCGAAAAUUUGGUGGUAUUAAUUCAAUUUUUGGAGAAAAUAUUCUUCACUCUGAUGUUACAUGAGAAAUUGAGUGUUCUAAGUGCUGUUCAUGAGAUUUAAUCACACACCAUAGCAGAAAAGGUAAAUCUUGUUCUCAUUAUUGUUAUAUAUU